UCUAAUUCUUCCCUCUUUCUCUCUCUACCUCCAUUUUAAUUUCCCCUUUAACCUGAAAUGCAUCAUAAAUACAUCCUAAAUUCAAAUGAAAUGAAAAUUAUUGGGACCCACUACAUAAAAUUGUACUUCUAAAAAAUCUCUAUAUAUACUUGCUUCAUCUUCAAACACAAACUUAUGUUUUACUUACAACUACAUUGAACUCUUUUCUCAUCUUUUAGCUUUACCAUAUUAUAAUUUGGUUAACUUUUUGUCAAUCAUUCAUUUAAAUAGUGGUAAUUAAUGGCCAAAGGCCGGAGAUUAACCUCGAGCCGAAGCGACCGGCUUCUUGGCACCGGGACUUAUAAUAAUUACUACGAUCACGGCCACGACCACAACCAUGGUUACCACGACAACGGCACGGUUACCGAGGUAUCGGAAUUUGGGGAGGAGGAUGUUUGGUCGAUGGUGGCCGACACCUCGGAGAAUCACCAUCACCACCACCACAUCCGCGAGUGGGACUCACGCGCCACCGUGGAGAGUGGGCGAAGGCGAGUGGACGUGGGUGUCACGUGCCACCAGGAUGAGAGGCACGUGGGGGGCUUGUCCCUGGCAUUUGAGGACAAAGCGCCGCCGUCAAGCCGCAGGAUACUGCACCAAUAUGGAGGUGCCACGGGUGCAAGUAGGGGCCCACGUGUGGAUACCAGACACGUGGCCUCGUCAGCUCCCGUAAACGUGCCUGAUUGGAGCAAGAUCCUCCGAGUCAACUCAGCCGAGUCAUGUGUCGACUCGGAUGAGGAUGACCCGGUUGGUGACUCGGCGGUCGAACCGCCCCAUGAGUACUUGGCUCGGAGUAGGAAAAUGAAUGCAUUCUCGGUUUUCGAAGGCGUGGGCCGGACCCUCAAGGGCCGGGACAUGACCCGGGUUCGCGACGCAAUAUGGAGCCAAACCGGGUUCGAAGGGUAAAUAUUAAUGAAACACAUAAUAAGUCAGGGAAAAAAAAAAAUUAAUAUAUAUUAUGGUGUAAAUUUUUUUCCUCCUUAAAAAUUAUUAGUUAGUUAAACCGUAAAUCGUUUAGAAAAUAUUUUUUGAACCGGGAGAAGGUCAUGAAAAUGAAUCGACUCGGUUGACUCAGUGAGUUAACGAGUCCGAGUUUACAUGCCUAAAGCCUAAAAUACUCUCCCUAAACUUUCUGUCUUUAUAUUGCUAUUUUAGCUGGGAUUUGGCAAUUGUCUAGUACCUGUCAAUUUUAAUUUUUACUCCUAGUAAUUUUGACAGAAGGAAAUUGUAAUUUAGUAGUAGUAGAACUUUUGAGGCAAAUUAUUGUAGAGUGAAAGUUUUUUGGCACAGUUUUUUGACUUAUAUUAUGUCUUUUGUGUACAUUUCACAGUUA